UGAAACCCCCACUCCCUCCUCUGCUCUCUCUCUCUCUCUCUCUCUCUCUCUGGUCAGUGGUCCCGUCACCGCCUUCUCGCCGCAGCUUCCUGCCCUCCUAAAGAAGAGGAGAGGAGACGAAGAUGUUGCUGGGGAAGCGUCCGAGGCCUCCGAUGAGGCGGACCACGAGCUCGACGGAGUUCGAUGCCGGCGUCCUCUUCGACGUGGAGCCCCCCGAGCCGUUCGCUCAGGACGGGAUCGGUAGCCGCCACCUUGAGCCACGGCACGGCGCGACGGAGGUGGCGCAGAGAACGGCGGCGACCGGGGCGGACUGGCGGGCGGCGAGCUACGUGGGGUCCAUGCUGUCUCCCCGCGGCGGCGUGCACAGAAGGAACUACGGCGACUUCGAGGCCGCGGCGAGGACGGUGCCCUUCUUGAGGGCCUGCGGCCUCUGCAACCGCCGCCUCGGACCCGGCCGCGAUGCUUACAUGUAUAGGGGUGAAGUUGCAUUCUGUAGCCUCGAAUGUCGUCAGCAGCAAAUGAACCUAGAUGAACAGAGAGAGAAAUGCUCCCCGACUUCCAUGAAGGAUACACCCUCUCCUACCGAUGACACUGAACAAUCUGGCAAUGGCGGAACAGCCACGGCUGCUUAAGCUUUUGGCUUCUUUGUUUAUAGAAUUCGCAAAGGCUCCUAAGAAAAGAUUGCAAAUGUUAUAAUGCAAUCAGAUGAAUGUUGUGGGGUUUUAUGGGUUUCCAGCAUCAACAAACUCAUCAGGAUAAGAAGUGUAGACUCGAUGUUGUUGUGUUUUCAAUCUUCUUGGCUUUUAUGAGAAGUAAUAUGAGACCCUACACUCUCUUCUAGAUUCCUCUGUUCCUCUGUAAAAUGAUACUCUCUUUUUUUAAUGGAAUGGUUAUCUACCUUUUGAGUUU